GGCGUUCCAGAAGAAGAGCUGCGGCAAAGGAACAAGUCUUCAUCCCCAGACGAAGCAGAAACAAAGGACACCGAAGAGACCAAAAAACCAAAAGGAAGGUCAAAAAUAGGAAGAUCAGCAAAAUAUGUGCAGUGGUUUGCAAAGCUGUUUGUUGGAUGCCUGUUAAUGGUCACAAGUGGCAUGAUGUAUGCGAUUUACCUGUCCACCUAUCAUGAGCGCAAGUUCUGGUUUUCUAGUCGGAGGGAUCUUGAGCGAGAAAUCACUUUUCAGGGAGAUGGAGCUGUGUACUAUUCAUUUUUUAAAGACAUGCUGCGAGCCCCAUCAUUUGAAAGAGGUAUCUUUGAAUUGGCUUAUAACAAUAAGACGGUGCCC